AUGGCGGCAACCAAGGGCAGCUGCAUGUGUGGGGAGAUCGAGUACCAGUUCACCGGGGAGGCCGCUGUCACUGCUCUGUGCCACUGUAUCGACUGCCAAAAGUGGACUGGAGGCGCUUUCACUUCUAACGCUGUUGUACCCCGCACAGCUUUCCAGGUGACCAAGGGUACGCCCAAGACUUUCGACGCCAUCGGAGCCUCGGGCAAGGUGAACAAGCACUUUUUCUGCUCCAACUGCGGCUCCAGCCUGUACACCGAGCUCGAGGUCAUGCCAGACGUGACCUGCGUCAAGGCGGGCGGUUUGGAUGGGGGUGCAGCCAGUCUCGGUAACAAGAUCGGUGUCGAAUUCUACACCAAGGACCGGGUGGGAUACCUGGGCGGCUGUGACGGAGCCAAACAAGAACCUGUCUUUGGUUAG